AUGCCCCAUGCUGCUCUAGCAGACUACGACUACUUUUCGGACCGAAUAAGUCGCGAACAUCGGGACGCAGGUGAUGUUGAAGACUGGAUUGAGCGCGGCAAUGCAACUGUCACUGCAAGUCCUCGUUUUGAAAGCGGGAUUCGCCUGACAGCUUGGGCAAGUGAAUCUGAUAAAGAGGAGAACUACGAAUUUGCGAUAGCCAGUGCAAUCUAUCUUUUUGAGAUACCUCGACAGGCUCAGUACGUUGAGAUUUUGGUGCGCUAUCGAGGGGAACCCCAUCGAGCGGACUUUGAUUACGAGGAGGUUGCAGGUCGUGUUUGGAUUCGCAAUACCAAACGUGAAUAUGCCCGCAGGAACUAUAAUGAUAACGGUGAAGAGGAAACUCUCUACGGCGAUACCUUCUUUUUACGUGCAAAACGUCGCUCAGAGACAAUAAAAAUUGCGACAGCAGGACAUGUUGAUAACGGUAUCCUUGAAAUGCACAUUGUCGCUGAAAAUGGUGAGCACCUUGAUAUCGAAUAUGUUGAUGUUGUUACCUAUCAACGACAACCUGAUGUUCGUGUUAUACAUCGUUACGCUCGAGACUACCAGUGGCAACCUUGGUACAGAUAUACCUAUCUCUAUUUUUACGAUGGUCCAUUUUACUACUGUACGGAUCUAGGUUACUACAUUCGAUGGAGUUACCCAGCCUAUGACCAUCACUACCUUGCCAUUCGUCACACUUAUGGCGGUUAUCUCCACAAUUACCAUCGUCGUUACCCGCGUCGCCACCACCGCGAUUCCUACUACCACGUGGAUGUCCAUGCUGAUAAAUCGCCUAAGACGCGACGACUGAAUCGCUGGACUGCAACGCAUGAAACUACCCGCCGCCAAUAUUCACGGAGCCGAUUGUCAGUUACCACAUCCAAAGCGAACAGAACCGAUGUACAAACCCGUGUCCGCUCGCUAAUUACGGAACACCGUCAAACACCGGUUCUUACGGAUCGAGUCAUCCAACGGUCGACACUUUCUCGAAAGCGGAAACUUCCCGAUACACGGAAUGAGUCGAACGCGACAAUACAACGGCAGCGCGGUAAUCAGCGUUCUGCUAGUGACAGAUCUGCCCAAUCUUACCGUUCAACUCAACGGAAACUCCCUGAUACAAGGAACGAAUCGAACACGACAACACAACGGCAGCGCAGUGAUCAGCGUUCUGCUAGUGACAUCUCGACCCCGAUCUUACCGCUCAACUCAGCAGAUCCUAAAGCGUAA